CGGUAGGAAGCAUGAUUUGAGUAGAGUAUAUAUUUCGCACUGAAGGCAGGUCCUUUUUAUCAUCGUCACACCACCCAACCAUAACAGCUUCUCUAUCCCUCCUUGUCCAGUAACUCCCAAGCUCCACCAAGCUUACCCAUCUCAACACAAUGGCACCCACAAUCCUCAUCGUCGGCGCAACCGGCAACACUGGCAGAAAGGUCGUCGAAACCCUUCCUUCGCUCAUCAAGAACACAAAAUCGCUCGCCAACCACCGCAUCCUUUGCCUCACCCGCUCAGCUUCCAGCGAUGCCGCCAAGAAGCUCGCACAACUGCCUGGCGUUGAAAUUGCAGAACAGAACUGGGUUGAGAUCGAUGCCGCCUGGUUGCAAGAGCACAACGUCGAGCGCAUCUUCGUCGCUUCCCACAACGAACCCGCCCACUUUGCCGAGGAGGGUCAAUUCUACGUCAACUGCCUGAGGGCUGGCGUCAAAUACGUCGUCCGUAUCUCGACCACCGCCGCCAAUGUUGUUCCAGACUACAUGGCAUACUACCCCCGCUCGCAUUGGGCCAUCGAGAUGAUGCUCAGUCAGCCCGAAUUCAAGGAUUUGGCCUUCACAUCUCUGCAGCCCAAUGGUUUCCUGCCAAUGUUCCUCGCACCCACCGCCGAGUUCAUCAAGAACUACCGCAAGACUGGCAAGCAAGAAGGCAACCUCUCCUUGAUCAUCGACGCAGACACUCCCACCGGUCUGGUCGACUCUGACGAUGUUGGCAGGGUCGCCGCCCACCUGCUCGGCCAGGAAGACUUCACACCUCAUGAGAACAAGAAGUACGUUGUCAGCGGGCCCGAGGACGUCACAGGCAAUGAUAUCGUCAAGCUGGUAGAAGAGCACAUUGGCACAAAGGUCGAAAAGGACAAGAUCGCCUUCAAAGAUCUGUCUUUCAUUGACGGCAUGGCCUCGCAAUCACCCCACCCCAAUCUCAUCAGAUCCAUCAAGCAAGCCCCGGUCACAUCAUGGGAGGGCAAAUGCAAGUCCGAAACAACAAGCAAGGAGGUUCUCGAAUUGUAUGCACCCAAGCGCACUGCUGCCGAAGUGUUGAAAGAGUUGAUCCAAUAGACUGCCUAACUAAUUUCGUUGCGAUAUACCAAUCUUUUUCUGCAUUUG